AUUCUCUGAAGGAAGGAUCCAUACACGCAAUGUCGGCGAAGGAAGAUAACCGGAUUUUUGUAGGAGGUUUAUCGCGACACACCACGGAACGGCGUCUGGAGGAGGAAUUCAGCCGCUUUGGGAAGGUUAUUGAGGCCCAAAUUCUACUCCUUGGUAUCCUUGAAGAGAUAGCUUGAGCUCUGUUCUUUGAUUUUUGGGUUAUGGGUGUUGAUGCUAUGAAGAAAUUUUCAGAAACAAGCCAAGAUUAAGAUGCACAAUUGCAGGUUGUAGAAACUUUUACUGUUGUUAAGUGCUUAAUGGAUUGCCUUCAGAUGAUAGAACCCUUUUCGAAGUUAUGAUCUUUUGGCUAAUGAAGUGCUCAGUCAAGCAAGAAUUUUGAGUUGAAAGUGAAGAUGUGAUAUUGAUCUUACUGAGUUAUUGCCAUCUAAUAUCAUGCACGAUAAGGAUAUGCCAGAUAUCAGAUGCUCAAUCUAAUGAUUUGGCUUUUCUGCUAGCUAGCUAGUGUAGCAUAAUGGUCAUCUCUCAUCUUCAUCGUUUCUGCUGAGAAACUGACUGAAGUGUUUUCAGUAGCUGACUUUACAAUACGCACAGGAUUCUUUAUGAGGGUGUAUCUUUUGGCUUCUUAGAGAUGCUCUAUUUUUUUCCUCACAGAUUCAUGUCCAAUGUCCAAUAAAUGCCAUGCCCUUUGUCUUAGAUUUCUAUAUUGAAUCAGGUGCAGCUUUGGUAUGUUCAGUGUUCAGCACACGGAAGAAUUGCAACUACUUUGUCACCACUUAUUUGCCAAUGAUUGUUUGGUUUUUUCCCUUAUAUCCUUGUUUAAGAUUUCAUGUCAGUUACAAUGACGUGGGAGUGCAAAUGGAGAGUGCUAUGCAAAAGCUGUCUAUAUAGAUGAGGCUUAACAUGUCCCUUUAAGUUCUUGAUUAGAAUCAAACUUUUUGAUACAAUUAAGUUGGUGGAAGAUGGUACCUGGUAACAUAUUAUCACUAUUGGAAAGAAAAUAAUGUGCAAUUCUUCUGAAGUUGGAAAAGGUGUAGAAAUGAUUACUGCUUAGCUGCAGGCAUUCUUGAUUCUGAUUGGUUGUACUUCUUGACUCUGAUUGGAUCAGUGUCUCCUGUCUUAAAACAGAACAAUACUCAACAACAACAACAACAGCUGAAGGUUAAAAAGUUGACAAAAACAGCAGCAACAACAAGAAGCGCCAGCUGAAGGUUGAAAGGGAUGGUUGCUGAGCAUCCAAUUUGUUAGAUGCCGUUUUCAGUCUUUCUGCCAAAUGCUACUGCAUAAAACUAGAAGUCUUAGAAGAUUACCCAAAUAGAAAAACACGUGUCUCUCUAUAUCAUGCUUAUCUUGAUUCCCCUAUUUAACUUUGCAUUUUGCAUCAAAUUGCAUAUUUUACAAGUUCAUUGUAUCUUUCUUUCCAUUUUGACCUUUUAGCUGUUACUAGUCUUCUAACUAGAAGCAGUUGGUUCUUCUCCAUUUUGUGAGUUGCUUUAUUUAGGACUUGUCAGAAGUUUGUAUUCACAUGGUUCAGUAUGACUGGUAUGAACAUCACAGUGUGGGACUGGUAUGAACACCACAGCAUGGUACCACUAUUGGUAUUUCAAUGUAUUUUCUUGUCUGCUAGAUUACGACUUUGGGCAACCCUAAUGCCCCUUGAUGAAAAAAGUUCUUGCAAUUUGUAUCAUCAGGGUAAUUGUUUCCUCAUUUUAGUUUGAGAGACAUAAUCGUGAUUCCAGAGCUGCUCACCCCUUCAUAUGCUAGAUUGAUUCUUAUACAAUACUAGUACCUCUUUACUUUUGUGUUUAAGGUUGAUUGCUCAAUAACCUGUAAAUGUGAAUCAGUUGACUUAUUGUGGCUAGCCUAUCUAGAUGGAUUCAGGAUGCUGUUCCAUUUGGGACUUGUCAGAAAUUUGUGUUCACAUGGCCUAAUAUGAUUGAUCUGGGGAGUGCUUAAUACCACCAUUAGUAUUCCCAUAUAGCUCACUGUUUCUAGAUUAGUUGUUUGGUCAAUCCCUUAAUGACCUUGCACUGACAAAAGCUAUUUUUUAGCGUUUGCACUCUUUCUAAUCUUUUGAGAGACCUGAAUGAGAACCGGAAGUGCUCAACUCUUUGUGCAGUAGACUAAUUCAUCAUAUGGUAGUUGCACUCCACUAGCAGUAUUGCCUAUGAGUUUGGGAUGAACUGCUGGAUAAUCUAUCAAUGUGAAUCAGUUUGAGGCGGCAAAUUUAUAUGACAGUUGUUGUGUUGCUUUCUAUUGCUCCCCAUUUCAGAAGAUCUGUGUUAAGAUAGGCACAGCAUAAGAAUUAAGGCAAUCAACUCAUUUACCACAUCAGACUUACAAAAGAUCCAUCUGAAGUGUUUCAGUUCAUUUUGUUGACCGAUACCCAAUUUGUUUUAUUGCUCUGUAAAGAAUUUUUUCACUGGGUUCAAGAUGAAGAAUUUACAUGCAACAUGCUUUUAAACGCAUAACAGAUGUAUAUAUUGGGUAGAAGAAGCUACCUACAUGGAUUCUUUACAUGUAGCCUUUUUUUCUGUUUCACAAUAAAAGAUUACUCAGAUGUCUGCAUGUAUCUCAUUGUGUAUGUAACAUAUGUGGUGAUGGAUCUUCAUCAGUAUCAUAUGCCAUUAACAGAUCAUGAAGGAGAGAGAUACUGGUCGCCCUCGGGGAUUUGGAUUUGUGACAUUCUCUAGUGCGCGUGCAUCUGAGGCGGCCAUUAGCCAAAUGCAUGAAAAUGAACUAGACGGGCGAGUCAUUUCUGUGAACAAGGCUGAGCCUAAGAUGAGCACAGAUAUCAGCCGCUAUGAUGGUGGUGAAUACAAGUCCAGUAGCAGAGGAGGCUAUCGUGGUGGUGAUGGGCCACCACCUGCAGCCCGUACAGAUGAAUGUUUUAAGUGUGGUCGUUCUGGACACUGGGCACGUGAGUGCCCUUCCGCUGGAGGCGGCAGUGAUAGCCAUUUUUCUUCUCACGCCAAAUUUGGUGGAGGAAGUGAUGGUCGAGGGGGGCACAGUCGUUAUAGUGACCGCUACAUGGAUGAUCGUUAUGACGGUGGUCACUAUGGAGACCGUGAUCGAUUUGAUAGCAGAGACAGCCGCUAUGGUGGUGGUCGUGAUAAAUAUAUGAAUGAUCGAUAUGGGCCUCCAGGUGAUGAAUUUCAAGGUGAUAGAUAUCGAGGGGGACCUGAUCAUUACCCACACAGUGGAUACAACAGGGAGAAGAGCUACGAGAGGGAUGUUCCUCGUGGUGGAAGCUACGAUAGAGAUCCAGCACCAAGGGGCAGCGGUGGCUAUGAUCGGGACGGACCACGUGGCGGUGGAAGUGACAGAUAUGGGACUGGUGGGCCUGCUCGCUACAACGGUGGUGGAAGUUUCAGGCAAAGACAUGGGCCUUAUGAUCGACCUGGUAGAGGAGGACGUACAUCAUCUUACGAUGUUCGGUACUGAACCUUCUUGGUUCAGCUGUUAAACUGCAGUUCUCUCCAAAUUGAGCUUAUGGUGGAUUAGGGUAUCAUGUGACGGUGCAAUGAUUUUGUCAGUAUCUGAGACUUGUUGAACCAUCUUGUUAAGACUUUGGAAUCUGUCUUCUCAAACUGUAGCUUAUGUAGAUUGUGCUUCAUCUGGAUCAUUUGUAUCCAGCAGUCGUUCUGAGUAUGUUUCUAUACUUUUUUUUAGCAGUUGAGAUGAUAAUGAUUCACUGGCGUGAUCAAAUUGCUAUAAUUUGUACUA